GAUGUGAAAUGUGCUGGUUCAUUUCCCAGGUUUCCUGCCAGAGGCCUACACUCAUCCAGAUCACUGCAUCCCGUCCCUGUCCGCUGUCCACGGAGAAUGCGAAUGCUGGUCACUUCCUGUGGGCGUUGCUUUGCCCAGAGGUGAGCCCAGGCCAGAAUGGGGGACUCCAGGGACCUUUGCCCUCACCUGGACUCCAUAGGGGAGGUGACCAAGGAGGAUUUGCUGCUCAAAUCUAAGGGAACCUGUCAGUCGUGUGGCGUCACUGGACCAAACCUGUGGGCCUGUCUCCAGGUCGCCUGCCCCUAUGUUGGCUGCGGAGAAUCCUAUGCCGAUCACAGCACCAUUCACGCACAGGCAAAGAAGCACAACUUGACGGUGAACCUGACCACGUUUCGGCUGUGGUGUUACGCCUGUGAGAAGGAGGUGUUCUUGGAGCAGCGGCUGGCGGCAUCCGCGCGGGGCUCCUCUUCUAAGUUCUCGGAGCAGGACUCUCCACCCCCCUGCCACCCUCUGAGAGCUGUUCCUAUUGCUGUGGCUGACGAGGGAGAGUCUGAGUCCGAGGACGACGACCUGAAGCCUCGAGGCCUCACGGGUAUGAAGAACCUUGGGAACUCUUGCUACAUGAACGCAGCCCUGCAGGCCCUGUCCAAUUGCCCCCCGCUGACCCAGUUCUUCUUGGAGUGUGGAGGUCUGGUGCGCACUGACAAGAAGCCAGCCCUGUGCAAGAGUUACCAGAAGUUGGUCUCUGAGGUCUGGCACAAGAAACGGCCAAGCUACGUGGUCCCCACCAGCCUGUCUCACGGGAUCAAGUUGGUCAACCCAAUGUUCCGAGGCUACGCCCAGCAGGACACCCAGGAGUUCCUGCGCUGCCUGAUGGACCAGCUGCACGAGGAGCUCAAGGAGCCGGUGAUGGCCGCGGUGGUGCUGGCGGAGGCUCGGGACUCGGAUUCGAGUGACACGGAUGAGAGGCGGGAGAGCGACCGGAGCCCAUCAGAGGACGAGUUCCUGUCCUGUGACUCAAGCAGUGACCGCGGUGAGGGUGAUGGGCAGGGACGUGGCGGCUCGCAGGCCGAGGCGGAGCUGCUGAUCCCAGAUGAGGUGGGUCGCGCCAUCUCCGAGAAGGAGCGGAUGAAGGGCCGCCGGUUCCCCUGGGGCCAGCAGCGCGCCAACUCGGAGCAGGCAGACGAGGACGCCGACGUCGACACCACCAUGGCCGCCCUGGACGACCUGCCCUCAGGGGCUCAGCCGCCGUCGCCACGGUCCCCCAGCCCCUGCUGGACGCCAGAGCCGGACAACGAUGCUCACCUCCGCAGCGCCUCUCGCCCCUGCAGCCCCAUCCACCACCAUGAGGGCCAUGCCAAGCUGUCCAGCAGCCCUCCCCGUGCGAGCCCUGUGAGGAUGGGGUCAUCAUACGUGUUCAAGAAAGCCCAGGUCCCGAGUGCCGGCAGCCGGAGGCGGAAGGAGCAGCACCACCGCAGCGUCAUCUCAGACAUCUUCAACGGCUCCAUCCUCAGCCUCGUGCAGUGUCUCACCUGUGACCGGGUGUCCACCACAGUAGAGACAUUCCAGGACCUGUCGCUGCCCAUUCCCGGCAAGGAGGACCUGGCCAAGCUCCACUCUGCCAUCUACCAGAACGUGUCAGCCAAGCCGGGCGCCUGCGGGGACAGCUACGCCGCCCAGGGCUGGCUGGCCUUCAUUGUGGAGUACAUCCGACGGUUUGUGGUGUCCUGUACCCCCAGCUGGUUUUGGGGGCCCGUCGUCACCCUGGAAGACUGCCUCACCGCCUUCUUUGCUGCUGAUGAGCUGAAGGGUGACAACAUGUACAGCUGUGAGCGGUGCAAGAAGCUGCGGAAUGGUGUGAAGUACUGCAAAGUCCGCCGGCUGCCCGAGAUCCUGUGCAUUCACCUGAAGCGCUUCCGGCACGAGGUGAUGUACUCCUUCAAGAUCAACAGCCACGUGUCCUUCCCGCUCGAGGGGCUCGACCUGCGCCCUUUCCUCGCCAAGGAGUGCACGUCCCAGAUCACCACCUACGACCUCCUCUCGGUCAUCUGCCACCAUGGCACGGCAGGCAGUGGGCACUACAUCGCCUACUGCCAGAAUGUCAUCAACGGGCAGUGGUACGAGUUUGACGACCAGUACGUCACCGAGGUCCAUGAGACGGUGGUGCAGAACGUGGAGGGCUACGUGCUCUUCUACAGGAAGAGCAGCGAGGAGGCGGUCCGGGAGCGGCAGCAGGUGGUGUCCCUGGCCGCCAUGCGCGAGCCCAGCCUGCUGCGCUUCUACGUGUCCCGGGAGUGGCUCAACAAGUUCAACACCUUUGCGGAGCCGGGGCCCAUCACCAACCAGGCUUUCCUCUGCGCCCACGGAGGAAUCCCCCCCAACAAAUACCACUACAUCGACGACCUCGUGGUCAUCCUGCCCCAGAACGUCUGGGAGCACCUGUACAACAGGUUCGGAGGCGGCCCCGCCGUCAACCACCUGUAUGUGUGCUCCAUCUGCCAGGUGGAGAUCGAGGCGCUGGCCAAGCGCAGGAGGACGGAGAUCGACACAUUCAUCAAGCUGAACAAAGCGUUCCAAGCCGAGGAGUCUCCCAGCGUCAUCUACUGCGUCAGCAUGCAGUGGUUCCGGGAGUGGGAGGCCUUCGUCAAAGGGAAGGACAACGAGCCCCCUGGGCCCAUCGACAACAGCAGGAUUGCGCAGGUCAAAGGAAAUGGCCACAUUCAACUCAAGCAGAGCGCUGACUACGGGCAGAUUUCCGAGGAGACCUGGACCUACCUGAACAACCUGUAUGGGGGCGGGCCCGAGAUCGCCGUCCGGCAGAGCGUGGUGCAGCCGCAGGACCCGGAGGGCUUCCAUGGGGAGCGGAAGAUCGAGGCUGAGACUCGGGCCGUGUGACUUGGUGGGCCAGUCUGU